AUGGCUGUGUCGGCGGCGCUUUCCUCGACGUCAGCGGCAGCGCUUCCGUUCCGAGGUGAGACCCGUCCUCUCUUCUCUCGAGUUCUUCGAUGGAAGCCCCACGCUUCUUCGGAUUCCUUCUUCGUUGACUCUUUCCCAUCCACUUGCCGCUCCUGCUGCGGACGUGGUGGACUCGGACACCAGGUGGUAGAAUCUGCCCCUGCUCCCUGCGCGGCCCCAAGGUUUUUCCUCAAAACCCUAAUUCGUUUCUGCUGUUGGGUUGAGAUCGCAAUGCCCGAUGAGGAACUGAAUGCAAUCUCGAUCGUUUCCCUUGUCGUUCAGUCGCGCGCGACGUCGAGUAGCAGCUCCCGCGUGACAGCCCAACUGGAACUGAAGGCCCCUCCGUACCCACUGGUGACGCCCCGAACCUGAAAGCUCCUCCUCCCGAAGAUUUCUCAAGCAUCUGGCGUUCUGACGACUCUUCGCCACUCCUGUUCUUUCUGGUUGCCCCUAGGAUGCUCUGGAACCGUACAUGAGCCAGAAGACGCUCGAGUUCCACUGGGGGAAGCACCACAGGGGCUACGUUGAUAACCUGAACAAGCAGAUCGCAGGGACGGAUCUGGAUGGUUUAACUCUGGAGGAAAUUGUCGUCAAAUCCUACAAUAAAGGGAGUCCUCUCCCCACGUUCAACAAUGCCGCCCAGGCAUGGCGCCCCGUUCUACUACUCUCUUUGAUGCUGCUUUAUGCAGAUGGUGACGCGCUGCAUUUUCCUUUUCGUGUUUCAACGGGAUUUAUGUUUCUUGGGGCAAACUGCAGAUCUGGAAUCAUGAUUUUCUCUGGACUUCCAUAAAACCGGGCGGGGGAGGCAAACCAUCUGGGUUGUUGCUGGAGUUGAUAGAGAGGGACUUUGGCUCGGUCGAUGCUCUUCUGAGUGAAUUUAAGCAGGCGGCUCUCACUCAAUUUGGCUCAGGAUGGGCUUGGCUCGGAUGUUAGUGAUUCCCACGCAUCUUCCUCUUAUUUUUCAGCAGUGGAAUCAAGAUCACCUUCUUCCUUUUGUUCGAUGGAGAAAAUUUGAUAUUUUUUUCUGAUUCGUGGGUCAUUUCCAGAUAGAGCGGGCAAGCUUGUUGUGGAGAAAACGGCCAAUGCUGUGAACCCUCUUGUUUCCGAUUACACUGUGAGUUUCUUGUCAAUGAAUCCUGGCCUUCAUCUAAUUUACUAUUUCUAGUGCUUCCUUAUGCUUAUGAUUUACCAUUGAAACACUUGGAACUACUUCAUCUACUGCUCAGAUAACUCGGGAACAUUUUUCUUUGUUUCUGUAAGGGCACGCCUUGAUUCCGCUGCAGCCGAAUAAUUACGAUGUGCAUAUGCUUUCCAGUGCGUGGAUCAUUUACUGAUGAUAUUUACUGUUCUUUCCAGUGCCUUGAUCAUUUACGAUGUGCAUAUGCUUUCUGUAAGGGCACGCCUUGUUUCUUUCUACUGCUCUUAAAAAAUAGCUUUUGGGUUAGGUUACAAGUCCAAGCUCAAGCUAUGAGUGAGGGGCCAAGGGCCUAGGGUUGAUACCUGAGGAAAAUAGCUUGAGGAAACAUGCUCCUAUGUCACAUCAGUGCGGUCUUCCCCUCGAGUUCUCUUGGUCAAUCAAGUAUUGUGACAGAAGAAAACUUACAAAUGGAGGUGGGCCCCGAGAAAAAUUCCCUAUUAACAUAGUAUAUACCGUGGUCAGCUGGCCCUAGUGUCCAAUUUGCUGUAUGGACAUGUGCCAAAUCGCUGAGGAAGAAGAACAUAGACAGGACGAAGCUCCCCACAACACGCAUGAAGGGACUGUACUAGUUUAGUUUGGACAAGAAAGUUUGUGAUCGAAUAAACUUACAGAGGGAGGUGGGAACCUAGAACAUGCCCAAUUGUCGUAGUAUCCCGUGGUCAACGGGCCUUUUGAUGUUCCAGGCAUUCCUGGGGACCACUCUUGGAAGUGGUCGCAUUCCCUAACAAAAAGGAAGACCAGAAGAGAGAGGAAAGGUUGCAGUGAAGGAGAUCAGGUUCGGUCUAAGAAGGCUAGGAAUGGCCUGAUACCAGAAGCCUAGACCUCAAGGCGUGGCCAUAUGCCAAGCGGUCGACAUCUGAGAAGGCCUCGUGUGGGAACUACACACAUGAUGGAUGGCCUCCAUCCCAUGAGGCUCCUCAGUGGAGUUGAGCGUUAAGUUAUCCUCAAAGGGAUUGACAUUCACCUCCCCAGUGGGGCUGUUCUUUUGUGUUCUUAUUUUACGAAUUGGAUGAUUAGAAAGCCUAGUGCUUUGCUAUGGAGGUCUCACUGGUGCUGAUUUUUUUUAAUUUUUUAUUUAUUUAUCGCAGCCUCUCCUCGUCGUCGAUGUCUGGGAGGUAACCCCCUCAUUCACUGCUUCCUGUCUGUCUCCCUGUCCAUCGCUGUUCUUCCUGCCUGGUUCAGGUUCUCAUCUAAUUCUGCCGUUGUUUUAUUUCCUCACGGGUCGGGUACAUUCAUUCUGCAGCACGCGUACUACUUGGACUACCAGGUGAGUGGAGCCUUCCGGCAGAUUUGAUCUGCGAUAAAAAUUCGAGGAUUCUUGAUCUUCUGUUCUUCGUCCUGAUGAUGGCGUUGUGGGGGGGUGGGAUUCUUGUCUGUCUGUCGUGCAGAAUAGGAGGCCUGACUUCGUGUCCACCUUCAUCGAGAAGCUCAUCUCCUGGGACGCAGUCAGCGCGAGGUUGGAUGAGGCCAUCGCCGCUUCCAAGAGUGCGUGA